CAAAGGCAGCUUCUUUGAAACCGGAAGUGUCUCUCCGAGCUGCCGCCUCCUAACUACCGUUGCCACGAGCCGAGCUCCUGCUGGUUUGUUGACGUCCGGGCAUCGAACGCAGCGCAGACGGUUCCUGGUUUGAAUCCCCUCAUUUAAAUGGCGUCGGGCUACAGGAAAGCGGCUCCGGCGGCGAACCCGAGGAAGAAGGCGGGUCCCAAAGUGGAUCUGACCGACGAGCAGCGGCUGGAGAUCAAGGAGGCGUUCGACCUGUUCGACACCGAUGGGACUGGGACCAUAGACGUCAAGGAGCUAAAGGUCGCCAUGAGGGCUCUCGGGUUUGAGCCAAAGAAAGACGAUAUCAAGAAGAUGAUCGCGGACAUCGAUAAAGAAGGAUCCGGGACCAUCGACUUCACAGACUUUCUCAGUAUGAUGACCCUGAAAAUGAGUGAAAAGGACUCCAAAGAGGAAAUAAUGAAAGCUUUCCGACUGUUCGAUGAUGACUGCACGGGGAAAAUCUCAUUCAAAAACCUCAAGAGAGUUGCUAAAGAGCUGGGAGAGAAUCUCACAGACGAGGAGUUACAGAAUAUAACUUCACCACCUUCCUCUUGGGAGUGAGACGACCUUCAGGGGACAUUAAACUGUGAAACACUCCCUCGAGAGCUUGUGUUAGUGGGUCCACUCUGGGCGAACCAUGGGAGAGUGUAAGCCUCCAUGUGGAUGUUAAUGUUUCAUUCUGAGGUAAUGAAAACACGCUUUUAAUCUCAGAUGGUUAAACAUUGAUCACAACGUGAUUAUUUCUGCCUCAAGAUCCCACAAAAUCCCACACACUGAAACUAUAUAACACUCUCGAAGAUAAAAAACACUGAAAAAAUAUCAUGUCUCCUCUGAUUCCAGCAGAAAACAUUAUUACAUUACAUUACAUUUCAUUUAGCUGACGCUUUUAUCCAAAGCGACUUACAAUAAGUUCAACCCCGAGGGUACAGACCCAGGUAAACAAGAAUCAAGAAAGUACAAGCCUCCGGAAGUAAGUUUUACUACUACGAAUAAAACUGUAACACUUGUGUUCUUUGGUUAACUACUUCCCCCGACUUUGUAAUAUUCACACGUGAUAUUAAUUGUGUUAUUUGUGAGGAGCCUGAGACGACCUGUAUGACUCAUGUUGUCGGACGAGUGAGACUUUCAUGCUGAAGUGUGUCUGUAGUGGAGCGUUGUGUUUCUAAUGGCCCCGUGUUUCUC